AUGGAAGCCAAUAGGGCUGCGAGUGAAGUAUUAUACUACAAUCAAUCUUCGGUCAAAUUGGGUGAACUAGAAAGAUAUAUUAUUACAUAUGACCUGUACCAAGGUGAUGAUAUCCCCGCUGACAUCAGACUGGAUUCCCUCUGGUUAAAAAUCAAAAAUACGACGAAGCUAUCCUACAAAGCAGCCUAUCUGUUGGGACCGUUUAUUCUGUAUUGUGACAUGCGAACCAAAGGCUAUGACAAUUCGCAAAAGAUUAUAUCUUCGGUAGACAAACCUGUAUUCCAGUCGAAUCUGCAGGCACAACAGAAAUUUGUCGCAGAGUUGUCUUUACACCAAAUCAAGUCACGUUAUGUCUGGGUAGUGGAUGUCGUGAGUCAAAUACUCUUUAACAAAGAAACCAAGGUAAAUUUUGAGAUACUAAUUGGUAAUUCAAAGGCGAUUUUGAAGAAAAAAAUACCAUGUGGUGACACAUUGCCUGAUGAGGUCGGUAAUACUUCACUCAUGGGACUACGGGUGCAAAGACAGACUACUGUCGAUGUAUGGAAAAUACCGAGGCUUAUUGGCGACACUCGUAAGUCACAUUUGGUUAUUCUCACGCAUGGUUUCCAAUCAAACGUUUCAGCAGACAUGGCAUAUAUGAUGGAAGAAAUAUACAAGUCACAAAUGAACUCUCCAAACGAACGUCUAGUCAUCAAAGGGUAUAUGAAGAACAUCUGUGAAACCGAGAAGGGGAUUAAGUUUCUGGGUACCGGGUUGGCAAACUACAUUGUCAACGAGCUUUACGAUGAUUCUGUCAGAAGGAUCUCAUUCAUUGGUCAUUCUCUAGGUGGAUUAACACAGACUUUUGCGAUCUGUUACAUAAAGAUCAAGUAUCCAGAUUUUUUCAAGAAAGUGGAGCCAAUCAAUUUUAUCACACUAGCUUCGCCAUUGCUAGGCAUUGCUACCAACACUCCUAACUAUGUGAAAAAGUCAUUAUCGAUGGGUAUCAUUGGCACCACAGGACAAGAAUUGGGGCUCAAGGACACAAAUUUCUGUGAUAAACCGCUCCUUUACUUGCUAUCUGAGGAGCCUCUAAUAAAGGCACUCGCGCAGUUCAGAAGGAGAACGCUCUACAUUAAUUCCAUCAAUGAUGGGAUAGUUCCUUUGUAUUCAUCCUCUUUGCUUUUUUUAGAUUAUUCUCAAUUGCUUGAGAAAUUGGGAGGCAAACCUACAGCAUCAUGUGACCCCUUCUCCCAAGCCAAAGUAAAUCCUAACGAAGCUGUUACAGAUGAUGAUGACGAUGAUGACGACAAACUCAACACAUCAUCCUGGAACACAUUUUGGAAGACAAAGGGAAACCAGGGCGACAGUAAAUCUAAACGCUUGAUGAACGCUUCCGUUAUCAAGUCCAUGAAGUCUGUGAUGCUGCCACCGUGCCCUGACGCAGAGUUCCUUUCAAACCCUGAUGCAAGAACCCCAAUUGUCAUACAUGACAAAAUCUACACAGAAAAAAACUUACCACCACCAUCAUCAACGCUCCAUGAAGGAACAGCAGCCCUAGGAGAUGGAAGGAGAAACACGAGGAAGGAGCUGGAAGAGAUCAUAGCCAGACGCUGGCACAAGGGAAUGCAUUGGAGGAAAGUGGUAGUGUCGCUAAAACCGGAUGCCCACAACAACAUCAUCGUAAGACGAAGGUUUGCCAACGCCUACGGUUGGUCCGUGAUUGACCAUCUCAUAAGCGCUCACUUCCAAGGAGACGAUCCAGACUCCUUACCAGUGCAAGAUACAGAGCCUACUGAAGAAGAAAGAGACACGCCAGGCGGAGGUGUGGAACCGAACAAGCUAUUCUCAUGGCUGACCAGGAUCGAGGAUCCUAGCGCAUACCGUGAGGGAGUGGUCUCCACCGCCAGCCAUCUGGCCAGCACCUGGAUAAGAAAGCAUUCCUCAGUGACAGAUUGA